AUGGAUGACAAUGAUUCCAAAACAAAGCUUAUUUCGCCUAAGAGCGUCACUGUUACAAAGUCAACAACAUGGUCUGAUACCGUCCAUGUGAGACGACGCAUGGUUCAAAGUUUCCUGCUCAUCUGGGCGGAUGCCAACAUUGAUCAAUCAAACACUUGUUACCAAAAUACCUUGGCACAACUACGAAGUGUCGUGAACGAAGUCAACAUUUUUACCCAGCCGGAUGACUGUGUCGAGUUUCUAAUGAACUUUGGUGGCAUGAAAGCUUUCCUGAUUUUAGAGGAAUCUCUUGGUGAACAAAUAGUACCCCGCAUUCAUGACAUUCCUCAACUUGAUACCAUUUACAUUUUUGGUGUUGGCAAACCUCGAGAUGAACAAUGGACCAAGGAGUGGGUCAAAGUAAAGGGCGUGUAUACAGCGAUUGCACCCAUCUGUGAAUGCCUUCAGCAAGACGUAAAACAAUACAACCAGGAUUCUAUUGCCGUAAGUUUUGUCACGGUGAAUGAAGAGACUUCCAAACAAAAUGUGAAUCAAUUAGAAGCCUCAUUUAUGUACACUCAAUUAUUAAAGGAAAUUCUCCUAGGAAUGCAAUAUAACGAAAAAUCCGUCAAAGAUUUCAUCAAUUUUUGUAGUAAUGGUGACUACGGAUCUCCAAACAACAUUACUCGAUUCGAGAAGGAAUAUAAUGCUAAAUUAGCCAUCUGGUGGUAUACUUUUCCAUCAUUCAUCUAUUCUAUGCUCAACGGUGCUCUUCGUAUACUGCAAGCCGACACCAUCAUUAAUAUGGGUUUCUUUAUUUGCGAUCUUCACCAUCAAAUUGAAGAAUUACAUCGCAAACAAAUCAGCAGUUAUGGUGGAAAGUCUUUCGUGAUUUACCGAGGACAGGGUUUAUCAACGACGGAUUUUGAAAAACUUCAGAAGACACAAGGUGGACUGAUUUCAUUUAAUAAUUUUUUGUCUACUAGUAGGGAUAAAGAAGUAUCCCUCGGAUUUGCUCAAGUUGCCUUAACAAAACCUAACACAGUCGGCAUCCUCUUCGAAAUGACCAUUGAUCCUUCUGUCUCGUCAGCUCCAUUCGGUUCCACUGAGGGGAUGGGUUACUUUCAAGCAGAAGAAGAAAUUCUUUUUUCUAUGCACACUGUCUUUUGUAUCGGUGAAAUUAAACAAAUUGACAACAGCAGUACACUUUAUCAAGUGGAUCUUAAACUUACUUCGGAUGAUGAUGAACAACUUCGCACUCUUACCAAUCGAAUACGGGAGGAGACGCCAGGUGAAACAGGAUGGCAACGAUUGAGUUUAUUACUAGUGAAAAUAGGUCAAUUUAACAAGGCCAAAGAACUGUACCAAGUACUACUCGAACAGACAUCCGAUCGGAGUGAGAUAGCAAUUUAUCAUAAUAAUCUUGGAAGUGUCAUGGAUAAUCAAGGUGAUUAUGAGAACGCUAUUUGGUAUUACGAACAAGCACUUGAAGUCUGGCAGAAAACUCUUCCUCUAAAUGACUCCAAUUUGAUUGUUUCCUACAACAACAUCGGUGGGGUAUAUAAGAACAUGGGAGAGUACUCGAAAGCACUUUCGUUUUAUGAAAAAGCGUGUGAAAUCUGCGAAAAAAUGCUUCCUGCAAAUGAUCCUGAUUUGGCUAUAUCCUACAACAACAUGGGUGGAGUGUACGACAAUAUGGGAGAAUACUCGAAAGCACUUUCGUUUUACGAAAAAGCAUGUGAAAUCUUCAAAAAAACGCAUCCUGCAAAUCAUCCUGAAGUAGCUACUUCCUUUAACAACGUCGGCUUGGUGUAUAGCAACAUAGGAGAGUACUCGAAAGCACUUUCAUUUUACGAAAAAGCACUUGAUAUAUGUCAGAAGACUCUUCCUUCAAAUCAUCCUUCUUUGGCUAUCUCCUACGGUAACAUUGGUACGAUGUAUAUGAACAUGGGAGAAUAUUCAAAAGCAUUGUCCUCCUACGAGCAAGUAGUUGCAAUUCAACAAAACGCUCUUUCUGCAAAUCAUCCUUCGUUGGCUACUUCCUACAACAACAUCGGUGGAGUGUAUCAAAAAAUGGGAGAGUACUCGAAAGCACUUUCGUUUUAUGAUAAAGCACUUGAAAUUCGACAAAAUACUCUUUCUCCAAAUCAUCCUCUAUUGGGUGCUUCCUAUAACAACAUUGGUGGGGUGUAUGAUAACAUGGGAGAGUACCCAAAAGCACUUUCGUUUUACGAAAAAGAUCUUGAAAUCUUGAAAGAAAGUCUUCCACCGAAUCAUUCUGAUUUGGCUCAAUCCUACAACAACAUCGGCUCGGUGUAUCACAACAUGGGAGAGUACCCGAAAGCACUUUCGUUUUACGAAAAAGCAUUUGAUAUCUAUCAAAAGACUCUUUCUUCAGAUCAUCCUGAUCUGGCUACUUGCUUCAAUAACAUGGGUGGUGUGUAUAUAAACUUGAAAGAUUACUCGAAAGCACUUUCAUUAUGCGAAAAAGCACUUGAAAUUCGACAAAAAACUCUUUCUUCAAAUCAUCCUUCGUUGGCUACUUCCUACGGUAACGUCGGUAUGGUGUAUAUGAACAUGCAAGAGUACUCAAAAGCGCUUUUAUGUCACGAAAAAGCACUUGAAAUUCAGCAAAGCACUCUUCCUGCAGAUCAUCCUGAAUUAGCUACCACCUACAACAACAUCGCUGGUCUUUAUUUCAGCACGAAACAGUACUCAAAAGCACUCUUAUAUUUUGAGCGUGCACUUAACAUUUUUCAACAUUGUCUACACUCCAACCAUCCAUAUCUUCAAACUGUGAGUGCCAGUAUUUAUUUCGUAAAAAAGAAAUUGCAAACCAACGUUUCAUAA